AUGACUGUUGCCGAGACAGUGAAGAGCGCCGUUGGGCUUUCGGGCAGCACUCCUGCCACCAGCCAGGAAAUGUCGGAUGCUCGCCUUCCUCUUCAGUACCGCGAUUCUUGCGCUCACUUGCUAAUCCCCUUGAACCGCUGCCGGCAGCAGGAGUACUAUCUCCCGUGGAAGUGCGAGGAUGAGCGACACAGCUACGAGAAGUGCCAGUACGAGGAGUUCAAGAAGCGCGUCGCCAAGAUGGAAGAGCUCCGGGCCGCAAAGGAUGGUGCCCGCAGCAAUUGA